UUUUGUGCUGCGUUCACGGCCCAUGUCGUCAUCAGUACACACCUACCACCCUCGAAGUGAGCGGACGGAGUAAUUCGAGCUCUUUCGCCAUCCGUCUACUUCCUUUUUAUUGAAGCCCACGCUGUGUCAAAAUGGACUAGAACUGCAGGGCAUGCCGUCGUACGAGGUAAACACUUAAGCGGAACUUUACAGUUGAUGUCUUUUUUUCUGUCAUCAUGGGUGACUUGAACUCAGCGGAGACCAUAACACGAAAGAGAAGAUCGACUUUGUCCAGCGCGAAAGGCUCGAGCCUGCAGCCGCUGAGUGACAGCCACGCAGCGGCGAGCCCGAGGCAGUCGCUCGGGGACCCAAACCCCGAAGAUGAAUCCAGAGACCGACGGGAGGGGAACAAGCCGAAAGGCGAUAAAUGGAGGCCAAAGAAUGACAUUAGUGCAAGACUGAGCUGCCACAAGACACAGCAGUCCCUUUUGAGUUCAGCCAGUGGCUACAGUAACUACAGAGGAGUACUCAACUGGUGUGUGGUAAUGCUGGUGCUGAGUAAUGCUCGCCUCUUCUUAGAAAACCUGUUAAAGUACGGUGUUCUUGUGGACCCCGUUCAGGUGGUUUCCUUGUUUCUGAAGGACCCCUACAGCUGGCCUGCAGCAUGCCUGGUGAUUGUAUCCAAUGUGUUCAUUGUGGUUGCCCUCUACACUGAGAGACAGCUGUCGAAGGGCUCUUUCAGUGAACGUGUGGGGUUCCUGGUCCACUUCGUCAACCUGGCAGUAAUGCUAACAUUCCCUGCUGCGGUGGUACUGGUACUUCCUUCUGUGACACCAGUGGGUGGUGCAUUUGCACUUGGUAUCUACACCAUUCUCUUCCUAAAGCUCUACUCCUACAAGGAUGUCAACUUGUGGUGCAGGGAGCUGAGCACUGUCAAGGCCAGGAAGCUGGUCAGAUCUCUGUCCUGUCCUACACCGCACCACUUCCAUCGAGGCGAACACAAAGUGUGUUACCCUGGAAAUUUAACCAUCAGAGACAUGUACUACUUUGUGUUUGCUCCGACUCUUUGCUACGAGCUUAACUUCCCUCGCUCCCCUGAAAUACGCAUGAGUUUCCUGCUGAGACGGCUUUUUGAGAUGUUCUUUUUUAUCCAGGUCUUGGUUGGUCUAACCCAGCAGUGGAUGAUUCCCAUCAUUCAGAGCUCCAUGAAACCACUAGAAGACAUGGAUUUAUCCCGGAUGACUGAGCGCCUCCUAAGAUUAGCGGUUCCCAAUCACCUUUUGUGGUUGAUGUUUUUCUAUUGGUUCUUCCACUCGUCCAUGAAUUUUACGGCGGAGCUGCUGCGCUUUGGGGACAGACAGUUUUACAAGGACUGGUGGAAUUCCGAGUCGGUGACAUAUUUCUGGCAGAACUGGAACAUCCCCGUGCACAAGUGGUGUCUGCGACACUUUUACAAGCCACUGCUGAGGAAAGGAUUCAGUAAAAUAGCAAGCCAAUCAGCUGUCUUCUUCUUGUCUGCCUUUUUCCACGAGUACUUGGUGAGCGUUCCUCUCAGGAUGUUCCGACUUUGGGCUUUCACCGGCAUGAUGGCACAGCUUCCACUAGCCUGGUUUGUCGGUCGCUUCCUUCGUGGUAACUAUGGCAACGCAGCAGUGUGGAUUUCAAUCAUCAUCGGUCAGCCGUUCGCUGUGUUGAUGUAUGUCCAUGAUUACUACGUGAUGCACUAUAAACAGGAGGACGUGUGACACAACUUCCUCCACGAAACGAGCCGUCCCUCUUAACAAACCUAACACACAGAAAAGCAUUAGUUUACAAUGAUUCUUACUUCUUCCCUCUCAUCUUUUAAAAAUGAGACAAACCAUUCAGUGUUUACCAUGUGGUACUAAAGUAAAUUAAUAUUGCUAGGUUUCUGUUUUUCAUUAAAUGCCUUAAAAAUGGUGACUUCCUGUGAGGAAUUUAAACUAUUGCUUAUUAAAGAAAAAGCAGCAAAAUGAUGAGGCAGCAACAUCCUGACACACUGCUGGACAGGAAUGUGAGGGAAAUGAAGCGGAAUGCAGCUUUAAACUCAGGUAACUUUCCAAUUAGAGUCUAUGAUGGUCAGUCUGAGCUGAAAAGCUCAGGACUGCAGGAAAAUUAAUGUCUAAAAACUUGCUGUACACCUGAGAUUUUCUAUGCACAGACGGUAUAAUCAUAGUAGCUGGAAUUUUUUUUAUUUUUUUAUUUUUUCCGUUUCUUCUUGAGUUUGGGAGCCAAAGUGUCUGUACUCUGUGUUUUACAUUAAAAGGGAAUAAGAAAUGAAUGUAUACCUAUAGGACUGUGUUUUGUUGAUCAUUUUUGGAUUACUGUCUUUGGGGCCAGCAAUACUGUAUUUUGACUUGUGAAAUUGAUAGUAUUUUUACCUCAAGUGCCAUAACAAUAGUGUCUUUUGGUGUAUUUAACAUACUGUAUGCAAGUGUAAAAAACCAAGUAAAGAAUUUUAUUUGAGAAACAAAAUGAA